AUGUCUAAACAAAUCCUCUCAGAAGCCGACCCACCUGACGCAACCAUCAAUGACGCCGAGAAGUCAUCAUCAAAGACUCCUGAUGGUGCCGAGUACGAACUCUCAUGGUCUCCUCAAGAAGAAAAGGCAGCUGUGCGGAAGCUGGACUGCUACCUGAUGCCGCUGCUGGUGGCCGGUUUCUUCGUCCUACAGCUCGACCGCAGCAACAUCAGCAACGCGAUGACGGACACCAUCACGCAGGACCUCAAAAUCACCCGCAACGACGUCAACGUCGGGUCCCAGCUCAUGCUGGCCGGCAUCGUCAUCGCAGAAAUCCCCUCCAAUUUCGUUCUGCAGCGCGUCGGCGCCCCCGUCUGGCUCACCUUCCAGAUGGGCGUCUGGGGCACGAUCGCCCUGACCCAGUCGUGGUGUACCAACAUCCGUUCCUUCCUGGCCACGCGGUUUCUGCUGGGCUUCUUCGAGGGCGGAUACAUCCCCGGCGGGCAAUACAUGCUGGCCCUGUUCUACACCCGCGAGGAACUGGCGCUGCGGACGGCGGUUUUCUACUUCGGUAACUAUUCUGCCACAGCUACCGGGUCUCUGAUCGCGGCCGGUGUCCUGAAAAUGGCUGGUAUAAUGGGACUCUCCGGAUGGCAGUGGUUGUUCAUCAUCGAGGGGGCAAUUACUUUGCUGGCCUUCAUCGCUUUCAUCGUCUUUCUCCCCCGAAGCCCGGGACACACGGCCCCCGUCCACGGCUGUUUCGACUUUUUUACCCCCCAGGAACGUCGAAUCCUUCGCGCUCGCAUCAUAGCCGACGACGAGUCAAAGGGCGCCGACAGGGCCCAUAUGACCCUCAAGACGCUCGUCCAGGCCCUCACAGACUAUCGUAUCUGGCUACACAUGCUGUUAAACGUCGUCUCUCUGGCGCCGAAAGGCGGCCUGCAGCUCUACGGCCCCAAUAUCAUCAAGGGCCUCGGCUUCUCCCGCACGAACGCGAACCUCCUCAACGCUGUCAGCAGCGUCCUCAUCAUUGCGCUCUCGUGGGGCAUCUCGUUCGCCUCGGACCGCACGCGCUGGCGCGGGCCCUGGUGCAUCGUCGCCUUCUCCUGGUCAGUUAUUUUCGCGGGUGUGCUAUACGGCCUCCCUGAGGGGUCGGGAAGGUGGACAAACUAUGCCAUCUUCACGCUUCUCAGCGGCGGAAACGCCCUGGCCCAGGGUCUGAACGACGCCUGGGUAAGCAUCAACGCCGUCAACCCUUCGAAAAGGAGCAUCGGUCUCGCAAUGGCCGUCAUUGGCAGUAACUUGGGCGUAGCUAGAUCCAACUGGAAAGUUAUCACAAACCAAAAGCUUAUGAGACAGUGGCUCCAAGUGCGUUACUCCUUCAAGCUCCGAAGUACUUGUGCUCAGUGGCAGAGCGGGGCAAUAUACCCCCCAUGCCGGCAGAGGUCCUGUUAA